GCAUUCAAGCCCUAGUAGCCGAGCAAACCGUAAUCAAAAUCUGCAACUGUCCUCGAACCCUUCGAUACAAUUGAGAUCGCCACGGACACCUAUCAUGGAUGCCCCUAUCCAGCUCUCGCUUCCCUUGCCGCGAUCAAUGGACACGCGCAUCUACAUCCAAUUGACAGUCAAGUCCAAGGCCAUUGUGCUCUUUCUCACCACUGCUUCGGCCGAAGAGGCGACGUCACCCACUCCCCUGGGGUCAUUUGUUUAUGCGCUGCCGGAUAGAUACAACCCAACACAGCCUCUGUCAACUCCUCUUUGUACGGUUGAACCAACGUUGGAGUUUACCACCCGACUGGCAAAGCUGAUCACAAGGAGGACGCAACUUCCUACUUACGUGGGCAACUCGGCGAGCUUUGCCAGCGCUGGCCUUGGCGGGACCAUUGAAGAGGAGAUGGAAGCUUUCAAACAGGUGGCCGAGCUUGUCCUGUCCAAACUCAAGUCUGCCAACGCGACGCCCAAUGGAGUCCAGUCCUGAGCCUCGAACUUUGACAAAAGAACCCCUCCCCUUACUACAUUCUUUCGCUACUGUUGACGGGCACAAGCUGUAGCACACAAACACGGCCAAGGGGAUUCCGGCAGUUCCCUUCCUGACGAGUUUCUGCAAACGCUUAGAUCGAGCUUGCCUAACCUAUUCGCCUUGUUUGAACGUGCCACAAAGGACU